AUGACAUCCCGCAUCCCCCACCUUCUCGAACCCCAUCUCGCCCUCCCACCCGAAUCCUCCCUCAUCACACUCACAAGCGUCCUCGGCGCCAGCACCAACUGGCUCGUCCUGCGCCACCUGCACGCCCUCCUCAAACCAGCAGCGCCCUCACCACAUAACCAACAACAACAACAACAACAACGACACCAAAACUCACACCAGCCGGCGCCAGGCGACGAAGGGGAGGUAGCCGUUCUCCUGCGUAAGGUGCGGCAGGGGUGGGAGGUGGGUGUUGGGGGGCGCGGCGCCGGAGAGAUUGGGCGGGUGGUGUUGGAGGGGGUGGAGAGGUUGAGGCGUUCUUCCUCGAUCACUUCUUCUGCGGCUGCGGCUGCGGCUGCGGCUCGGGGUGGGGAGAGGGAAAGAGCGGAAAAGAGGGUGGUGUUGGUGAUAGACGGGUUGGAUUUUGUGUUGGCGGCGUUGGAUCCGAGCUUGGGGCUGGGCCAAGGUCUACAGGGUGCUGGGGAUGCCCCGGGAACGGCUAUCGCGAUGAAGGAGAUGUUGAUGGAGUUGAGAGAGAAAACACACGCUGUCAUUAUCACGCUGGCCGCUGACGACCCGCUCAUCAAGGAGCAGGAGACAACACUAGAGAAGCAGCACGCCUGGUUUGCGCUGAGCCUGGCGCACGAGGCGGGCAUGGUCAUCAGCCUGAGGCUACUUGACACGGGCACAGCCAAGGAUGUGAGUGGUGUCAUCAGAAUUACGCAUCGGGAAGCCCGGGUAAAGGACCAUGAGUAUUUGUACCAUGUGGGAGGCGACGGUGGGGUUAGAGUCUUCGAACGAGGCCAGUAG